AUGCCCAUCAUGGACUCCCCUGUUGAGACCGAGGAGGACCGGCAAUACUAUGCCAACUUGCGCGUCAUCCAACGUGCAGACCCAGGCGUCAUGGAGCUCCUCGAGAGUGCCCCAUACGGCACAAUAUACCACUAUAUGAUGGAUACGCCCGGAGAGGAUGGGGAGUGGGUCAAACAGAAGCUGGAAGGACCUAUCUUUGUUGUCCGGCGUAACUCAGAGCCAAAGUACGCGAUCUAUGUGCUCAAUCGUAUGGGCAUCAGAGAUGCCUUGAUCUCCCUCAUACCGGGCGAAAUGAAGGCGACGGUGGUAGCAGAUAAGAUGUUGCAGGUUGCGCGUCGAGGAGAUAGGGUGAGAAAAGCGAUAUGGUUCCCUUCUUCUGGGCUGGACGCUUUCAACGCCGUCAUACUGAGAAUAUGCGGUCCACCGUCUGCACGACCUGGCUCGACGAAUCCAAGCGCUCAGCCUGCGGUGGCACCUCCGGCUGCGGCUGGUCCGUCGACCCUGCCAAUCGCGUCAGGCUCAGGAUCAGGAUCAGGACCUGUUCCCCCCGCUGGCGGAGGAGACGGUAUCUCCCGUCUCUUCGCUGGAAUCAUGAUCACUCCCUCCGGAAACCCUACCUCCCCUUGCAUCCCCUCCGCGCUCGCUUCUGUAGCAGAGUCGAGCAAUACCCCUCCACCAGCGCCAACCCAGUUCGCACCAGACUUCCCGCGUCAUCUUCUCGAUCCGACGAAUGUCAGUCGAGCGUUGCCCACCGAUACCCUCGCAGCGGACAUAACGCUCGAGUCACUCCAAGCUUCGCAAGCACCAGCUGCGCCGCCAGGCCCCUCGGCUCCGCCUCUGGCCAAUCCUCCGCCGCUCAAUCCAUUCACCCCACCGCCCGGACAAACGGUGGAAGACCUCUUGAGCUCCAUACUGGGCGUAAAUGGCUUCACACCUUCCAAUGGCCUCAUGCCUCCUCCUCCCCGGCCGGCGCAGCAAGCCUCACAGUCCCCGCCCGUCCCCGCCAACCGACCUCCAAUCCCGCCGAACCGGCCUCAGCCUCACCAGGCUCCACAGUCCUCAUCGGACGCGCGGAAUGUCCCGGUCACGUUCCCGGCAACGUCAGAGGAAGCGCAUCGCGAGCGGCAGUAUCACGACGCCGCUCCCCCGUCCUUCCCUCAACGGCUGAACGAACUACCCGGCGGCUCGCCCAGCGUCGCGGCUAUAGCCCCUCGGGCCGCCGCCCCGGCUGCUCCCGGUCCCGCACUGAACGUCGCCGACCUCCUUGCUGGCAUCAUGCCCCAAAGUCAUCCUGUGUGGUCCCAUAAUGGACCGCCAGAGCCCCCGCGGCCCGUCGAUAGAUCGGUCGAGAGGCAACACAACCACAUGGUCAACAGGCACACUGUAGUUGAUUCGGUGGUAGAUGCCCUCUGGGAAUUGCCGGACUUGAGGCGGCAUGGCCGGGGAGGAUUUGGGCUCAUAGUGACGGAUAUGAUUCAUAAUGAACCGAUGUUCUUGAAUGACAUCUGGGAGGCGUAUCAGCGGCGUGUCGGCCGGUUUGCUGCCGGCUGA